AUGGAUGAACACACUCCCAGUCCAUACAGCCCCAAAAGCGUGUCACUUUAUGGGCGGCCUGAUGGUACCUACUAUACGAAAGAAAAGAGGUAUCCAGAAGCAGAGAAUAGUGAUGAUGAGUUUGGAACCAAAUCAAUGCUCUAUUUGCAACCAGUGGUCUACAAGUACCCUGAUGCACACCCCAAGCUCAAAGCUUUCCCUCAUGCAGAGCCUGCUCAUGUUUCAAAGCAGGCCGAGCGGGAUCACGAUAUGGCCACAGGAGCUUGGGUGGAAUCGUGUAAUGCACGAGGUGUUCGCGUCGAGUUUGAUGAAGACAUGCUAAAGCUGAUCACUGCUCGUGCAUCUCAAGUCCGUGGCCAGCUCAAGACCAUCACGCAGCCUUUGGUUGAGGCUGCAUCAAGGCUGCAUAUGGAAUCAAUCCAAGUGCUCCCAAGUGACACAAAGGCUCACAAAGGCCUCUACUGUCACCCUGUGUUCCAAGCCAUCGUCAACAAAAAGUGGUUCCGAAACAAGACCAACAACGGAGUCAUCCAUCCAGAGUUCUCUGAAGAUGACACACUCUUGAAAAUAACAAUGGCUCUUGUCAUCACUGUUGUACAUCGGUCAUACUUUCAUCAAACCAGCAAGCACGUUGAUGUUCAAUUCACCACAACAGUGUACAAGCACAAGUUCAAUGCACAUCUCAAACAAAUCAUCAAGUUCGAAAAGAAGACACAGGAGUCCAAGAUCAUCCCUUGCCUCCUCAAACAUAUUCUCAAGCUUGCAAAGAAACAUGCAAAGGUUGUUGAUGCCCCCGAUACAGUGGCCCUGCAGCUUACCGAGGAUGACAUUGAGGCAGCUAAGAAGGAGUGGGAAAAUAUGGUGUUUUCGGAUGAUGAAUAA